UUCAGCUGUAACUCUUCCGUUAUCUUACUCUCUUAAAACUACAUCUCCCAGCAUGCUCUGAAGCUAAUCUGACCUCAUUUCAAAUGGCCCCGUAGGGCAACAAGGCUGGUUAGUUUUGACCCUGCUGCUUGUGCCUUGAAAAAAAAUCGAUGCCAAUUGGCAGCCAUUUGGGCUUUUAUAUCUGUUAAGCUCUUUUUUUGAACUGUAGUCAUUAAAUGAAGGGAUUUGGUAUGGGAGGGCCCAUUCAUUCCCUCAGCUGGGCGAGGGACCAGGCAAACUGUCUCCGGCAAUCUAAAUAAGAGGGAAUGUUGAACAGGGAACACCGCUGGGGCCGAACAGAGGCGCAGGAACCGGAGCCCAGGCUGUGUCCGCAAACUGUCGGGUCCGGACUUUGGCUCAGGGACGGUCGGAAGUGGGAGAUGGAGAUGCCAGAGGAACCGGCCGAUAGUGGGCAUUCGCUGCCCCCGGUUUAUAUUUAUAGUCCCGAGUAUGUCAGCAUUUGCGACUCUCUCGUCAAGAUCCCCAAACGGGCCAGUAUGGUCCACUCUCUGAUCGAAGCAUAUGCCCUGCACAAACAAAUAAGGAUAGUGAAGCCCAAAGUGGCCUCCAUGGAGGAUAUGGCCACCUUCCACACUGAUGCCUAUCUGCAACAUCUCCAAAAGGUCAGCCAAGAAGGUGAUGAGGACCAUCCGGACUCUAUAGAAUACGGACUAGGUUAUGACUGCCCAGCCACAGAAGGAAUAUUUGACUAUGCGGCUGCUGUGGGAGGAGCUACAAUCACUGCUGCCCAGUGCCUGAUUGACGGGAAGUGUAAAAUAGCGAUUAACUGGUCUGGAGGGUGGCAUCACGCAAAGAAGCAAGAAUGACCUUGAACUACUGAUCCUCAGGCCUCUACCUCAAGUGCUGGUGUUACAGCAGGUCUGGUUUGUGCAGUACGGAGGGUUGAACCCAGGGCUUCCUUCAUGCUAUGCAAGCACUCUACCUACUGAACUCUGAAAGUUUCCUUGCUGGGAACUGAACCUAGCACCUCAAGCAUGUCAGGCAAGUGCUCUGCCACCGAGAUACAUCCCUGACCUGCUAUUUCAUCUUUAUAUGUCUGAAGUCUGUAUGUCCAUUUAAGGUGCUCAGUCUUGUCUAAACAGUUUAGUAUUUUAUCUGUGCCUUUGAUGAUGUGCUUUACUUUGUUUUCAAAGAGGCAUUUCUACUGGAAUCUCUAUACUAGUUAAUAAAUCUGUACUGAUAUUUCCCUCACCUAAUGACCACUGUCAAAUUAUAGUCUGUAAAGUAUGCCUCCAUACAUUUUUUCAAAGGUCAUUUCAAAGGUCACUUGUUCUGUCUCCUCGCAAUCUAAUGUGUACAUAGUUUCUCCAGGAUCUGGAGGACAGGGGAGCUUUAAGAACUUUGAGAUUGUGUUCUGUCUUGAAUAAAGCCUGAACAGGGUAGGAAUGUAUAGCUAAGAAGCAGUAUGGAGAUCACAGGUGGGAACCUAAUGUUGCAAAGGGGUCUAAAGAGGUAGGUCUGCGGAUAAAGAGCUUGCUGUGCAAGCAUGAGAACCGGAGUUCUGAUCCACAGAUCUCAGUCAAAAGCUGGGCAAUUAUGAUGGCUUCCAAUAAUCCCCACACUAAAGAGGCCGGCCAAGACACGGGACUGCAUUCCCAGGGCAAGUUGGCUAGCUUAGACUAGCCAGAAUCGAUGAGCUCUGGGUUUAAGAAACCUUGCCUCAAAAAAUGAAGAUAGAGAGUGAUCAAAGCAGUGCAGGAUCCAGCUGUUUCCACUUUCACCUUGCGCUCAUGAGCAACGCUUAAUCAUGUGUGGAAGAAUGAAGAAUGUUAAGACCAAAAAUUUACUUGUCCUUGACGCAGGACCGGAGUUUUAAUGGGGAUCAAUGUGUAUUGAUAAACAUACUUAUCUUGUUGGUGUGACACAAAUGAUUCUUUCCUUUUGUUUUUUGAGAUGGAAUCCCACUGCAUAGCCAAAGCUGCCCUAAAACUUAUGGUCCUCCUGCCUCAGCCUCCUGAGAGCCAAGAUUAGAAAUGAACAUCACGAUUGGAGCCAUAAUUUCUUGAUCUACUCUGCAUUGGAGGAUGCAUAGUAAGGAUAGAAGGGCUGUUCAUCGGAUCACGCUGAGACAGCUCGUGGCACUUCCAUGCUCAUCUCCUGUCGUAAACUAAAAUAGGUGGCAGUUGGACUGAAGAGUUAAAUAGAAAAAAGCAAGUUACAAAACUAUGAUGAUGAAUAUGAAGCUUCUAACAAGAACUAAGUUUCUAAGUUUAGGAGGUAACAGGAAAUAUUUUCAAGGGAAAAGAUCAAAAUGUUAUAAUUUAAAAUUUAAAAACCAAUAUAACAGAAAUGUUUUUUAAGCCACAGUAAAAAUGAAAGAUAAACACAAACGGACAAGGGCCAUGUGGCCUAAAGAUGACAAAGUGCGAUGGGCUUGUGUCAUUGAAGGCACACAUGCCUCGCGAUGUAGAAGCAGAGAUAUGGAAAAGAGCACCGACAGACAGUUUACACAACAGUUUGAGUGCAAUCAGAAGAUACGAGAAGAUGUUUGUUACUAACCAAAAAUGCAAAUUUAAACAAGCUGAUGCCGGGGUACAGGUCAGUGGCGAGCAUGGAAGCGCAGAGCCUGCCUUCUGUCCCCAGGACUACAGACAAGCAACCCCAGUGCAGAAAGCCACUUUGAACCUGUAUGUAAAAAUGUAAAAAAAUAGAGCAUCUAGCAAGACAGAAUAAAGGAAUGGUGAAUUUACUCGGUGAAAUAUUAUGUAUGGUAUGCUUUUUUGCUUUGUUUCUGUGUGUGUGUUCUUUUGUAAGGACUGUACCGAAGGCCUACAUGUGUCGCACGUGCUCUGCCGCUGAGUUACAUAUAUCCCAGGCCCUCGUGCUAUUAUUUUUAAUGGCGGUUAUGAAAAUGAUAGGGUAUUUCAAAACUGAUUAUACAUACA